UAUUAUGCUAUUGGAAGAAUUAAAACCCUAAACCCUGAAGUUGUAUGAUAUAUCGUGGUUGUUAAAGAAGUUGUCUUGUGUGUGACGGUGAUUUGGGUAGAAGAUGAGAGGGCUGAACAGAACAGUUCUUCUAAGCAGAGCCCUUAGAAGCAAUUUCACCGCCGUGUCCAGUGCUACUGCCACCCUUCACCGAGCGGCUCCCUAUGGUACCAUCACCGUGAGAAGCAACGAUCCUUCUGUUAAUGGGUUUAGAUACGUUUCUUCUUCUUCCACUUCUCUGGCCUAUGACGCCCAGACCAAGGCCUUCAACCCCAAAGAACUUGUCCUAUUUCAGUACCAGGCCUGUCCAUUCUGCAAUAAGGUUGCAGCGUUUCUGGACUAUUACGAUAUUCCGUUCAAAGUUGUUGAGGUGAAUCCCAUCAACAAGAAGGAGAUCAAAUGGUCCGAUUACAAGAAAGUGCCCAUCCUCACUGUUGACGGUGAACAGAUGGUUGAUUCUUCAGACAUAAUUGAUAAGUUGAUCAAGAGGAUACAUGCAGAUUAUGAUCUAAAUGCUGAAGAAGAGAAGAAGUGGCGAGAGUGGGUGGAUAAUCACUUGGUGCAUGUCUUGUCACCAAAUAUAUAUCGAAAUGUUCCUGAAGCUCUUGAAUCAUUUGAUUAUAUCACCACCCAAGGAAAUUUCAGUUUUUCUGAGAGGUUAGUGGCAAAAUAUGGUGGGGCUGCAGCUAUGUAUUUUGUGUCAAAGAAAUUGAAGAAGAAACACAACAUCACCGAUGAGCGGGCAGCACUGUAUGGAGCUGCCGAACAAUGGGUUGAUGCUUUGAACGGCCGUAAAUUUCUUGGUGGGUUGGAUCCUAAUUUAGCAGAUCUUGCUGUGUUUGGUGUUCUGAGACCCAUCCGCCAUCUCCAGUCAGGUAGAGAUAUGGUAGAGCACACCAGGAUUGGGAAAUGGUUUUCUGAAAUGGAUCGUGCAGUAGGACAGUCUUCUAGGUUUAGCUUAGGGAGUAAGCAUCAUGGUGAUUUACGCUCGAAUACGGGUACAGAGACAUGCAUACCUCCCAUCCUCCCUUUCCAGUCAGGUAGAGAUAUGGUAGAGCAGACCAGGAUUGGGAAAUGGCUUUAUGAAAUGGAUCGUGCAUACGAAGACAUGAAAUUACUUUUAUCUUAAUAAGUUUGUUUAGUGUUAGUAAACACGACAAACACUUAUAAUUCAUCAUGUGGACGUAGUGAUUUGUGAUCACAUGCUAUUCUGGUAAAUCUGGGUAUAUGUAUACAAUCUGGGUAUCUGACGCUGCGACAAGCGCAACAUUAUCUCUCUUUGCUUCAUCGUGUUUAAUGAUGCAAUUAUUGUGACUGUAAAAA